AUGUCACAGGUCACCUACGUUCCUUACCUGGUGACUCUCCUUGCAACCCACACCUUGUGGCUCUUGUAUCGUUCGCGCAUCGGCCCCGCGCAGCAGGUGGUACCUUCUAUGACUACACUUCUCGAUAUCGCGCAGUUAGAGAAGAAGACUCCAAAAGGUGGAAAGUCACCCCAUUUUUUCACUAUGCUAGAGUACAAGCUACAAGAGAAGAGCGCCGUCGCCAUUAUCAAAAGAAUCGAGUUGACCAAAAGACUCCCCAGGUGUCGAGAGGUUAUCCUAGCCAAGCGGCAUCAGUCGCGCAAAGAAAAAAAAUCCUGUCAAGACAAUGAACCUUCGGACGAUGAAGACGAACCAAUGGAAACCUUACAAGAUUGCAUUGCCGCAGUUAAAUAUGCCAAAGAUGACUUCAUGACCUAUGUGAAGGCUCCACGAAGAUUCUUCGACCUCCUCGUGGACGAGUACUCCAAAACAAUGCCUGACCCUGAGAUGUGUGGUGUGAGUGACGAGUGGCGUGCUGCAGAUGGCGUAUGCAGAUUCAUGAGCGAGAUGAUAGGAAUGGUUGAAGACAUCUUGCUGCGUCUGGCAGAGGGUGGAGACGGUGAACUAUCGAUUGCUUUCAUGGGGAAUGAGUUAUGGUAUCAAGAAUACAAAUUCCCCGUCUAG